CAAUUUGGGAUUUAACUAAGUCCUUGCUGUGUGGUUGGCUGCAGUCUGCAGUAGAGCUCGUCAGCUCAGCACACGCGAUGACAGUGUAGAUUGUGCUUGUGAAGGCUUUCCGUCACGUCGCAGCAGCAGCAGCAGCAGUGCCAUUCGAAAUAUGACUGGAGUAUUCGACAGGAGGAUUCCGACUAUCAAAUCGACAGAGUUUCAGAAUCCCUUUCAGAUCUCCGCCAUGCACCACCCGUCUCAGGAAUCUCCGACUUUGCCCGAACCAACGGCAACGGAUUCUGGCUACUAUAGCCCCGCCGGUGGCGUUCACCAUGGUUAUUGCUCACCUAGUUCGGCUUCAUAUGGAAAAGCUCUCAAUGCCUAUCAGUACCAGUACCACGGGGUAAACGGAUCUGGUGGAAAUUAUCCAGCAAAAUCAUAUCCAGAUUAUACAACAUACUCGAGCGCAGCUUACCACCAAUAUACUGGAUCUUAUAACAGAGUGCAAGCCCAAGUAAGCCCGCAAGAAAAAGAAGUGUCGGAGCCUGAGGUGAGAAUGGUGAACGGCAAACCGAAGAAGGUGCGAAAGCCCCGCACCAUUUACUCGAGUUUUCAGCUGGCGGCUCUGCAGCGCAGAUUUCAGAACACUCAGUACCUUGCGCUUCCCGAGAGAGCGGAGCUCGCGGCCUCCUUGGGACUCACACAGACGCAGGUGAAAAUCUGGUUUCAGAACAAGAGGUCCAAACUGAAGAAGAUAAUGAAGAACGGCGAGCUGCCUCCCGAACACAGCCCCAGUUCCAGUGAUCCCAUGGCUUGUAAUUCUCCCCAAUCCCCGGCCGUCUGGGACUCUCAAGGCCCCCCCAGGCCUCACAGUCAUCAGCAGAACAUAAGCACGGCGCAGUCGACGUUUUUGGACAACUCCGCUUCUUGGUAUUCCACAGCUGGUACCCUUAACCCUCACCUACAGCCCCCCAACUCGAUACAACACUCAUUGGUUCUCGGAUCAGGGACGCUGUAUUGAAGCGCUAUUUAAAUAUUUAAAUGUAUUGGACUUAUGUUUAAGUUUUUAAGGAAUAUGCAAUGUAUUGAAAUGGCAGUUAUAGGAGAAAGUGUAAAAUGUGUAAAUGUGUGCAUGUAAUUUAUUGCAUUUGGAAGAGUUAUUACUUGUGUUCCAAACGGACCGUGAAACUCCGAAAACUCUCAGUGGUGCCUUGAAUCUUGACCUCAGCGGUAUCUCUUUUUCCCCGGAGCUAUAUCACUUUGCAUUGCAGCGGUUAAAAACCACAACGUGAAAUAAAUGUCCCCCGCAAUACAUAAAAAUGUCCACCCUCACCUACCUUAUUAAAUUAACUGAGACUCCACCUGAAUUAAUUAAAUCAUUGUUUAGAGUUGAUUUUAUUGGCUUCAAAAUGUGAUCAUUUGAGUCACCAAAUGAUUUUGUGUAAUGUAAAUUUGGUCCGUAGUGUGACUAUGAUUUCUGAAAUUUAGUGAUUGUUAUUUCUGUGGAUAUAUAUUUUUUGAUAAAGAUGUUUUUUUUAAUGACAUGAAAUUAAAAAUUACAAACACGAAGCCCAUUUGACAAGAUGUGCACUUACGGUCUGCAUGUAAACUGGAAACUGUUAUUAAAGUUUAAAUAGAUAGGAAUGACUGUGUUGGAUAUAAAUAAGUAAUGUUAUGAUUUUUUUGUAAGGCAUAUACGGUUUGGCAGUGCAAACUGAGCUCGAUAUAAGGUGUCACAUUCAUAUUUACAAAUCACGGAACUCUACUGAUUAUCAUGUUACCAUUGUAUUAAAAAGGUUUUCACCUUUAAAAGGGGAUUGCUUUCUUUUUCCGCGUCUAUACUUAUGGUAGCCAGACAAUCUUAGAAACAAAAUAUGCUACCGAGGACAACGAUGGAGAAGUAUAGACUAAUAUUUACUGGCUUGCCAAUACCAGUAAUUAUGCAUCUCCCAUUGAACGUUUUCUCUAAAUAACGGCUUUUCUAACAGUGUGUGUCUGCUGACAUUAAAUCUCGUAGGCAAUGCCACUUGUAGUUGAGCUCUAAAUGUCAAUUUGUGUAGCACCGAAACGGAAAUUUCAAUCACGAUACAUUUAAAAUCAAAUCAUCUUCCAAUUCUUAAUCUGAAAUUGACAAUUUGUAAUUUUGUCAUUUUAUUUUAUUGCUUUAAUUAAGUUACAUACAGCUCAUAUACUUACAUCUGGAUUCCAACCUCCCCCCUCAAAGAAAAUGGUGUCGCUCUGGCAGUCUCUUUCUUUGUAUCCUCUACAAUUAGUUUCUUUGAAUGGCAGAAAGGAGGCGAAGGGGCGGCACAGAGAUCUGAGGCAAUCCGCAUUCCUGUGGGGGCGGACCGGCUCUAGCGUUCUGCCACUCCCGACCACAACCCACCUCAGUCAAACUCAGUUGGUACUGUCUUAAAGGGUCGAACUUUUUUCUAGCUUUAUGCAAUUAUUGUGUUACAUUUAUAUAGGCCUAGCUCGUAUAUUGUUUCUUUUCUAUUGAAUCGUGUCAGUUUUUGAGUGAUACAGCAGUAUAGUGGAAUAUUUUUAUACAGACAUCGUGUGGUUAUAAAACGUCAAUUGAAACGGAAUAUUUACAAUUCAUUGGUUUCACUCUCUAAUAGAAUGUAUUGACAUCUGUUAAUCACUCAUAUUGAACAAUUAAAGACGAUUAUUAGACCUUUA